AUGUGUGUUAUAAGAUCUGAUUGGGAAAGGUACUUGGAUAAGAGACUGUGGUUCAUUAGGAGAGGAGACCUCAUCCCGGAAGCUAAGGGAUGGUUUGAGCUCGUGAGGAGAUCUAUCCUCCCAGCCUCAAACAAUUCUGAGGUCAACAUUGCUCGAGCUACUAUAGUACAUAUCUUAAUAAAGGGUGGAGGCAUCAAUGUGCACGAAAUUAUAGCUGAGGGAAUCCAAGAUUCAGCCGAGAAGACUGAUCUGAGUGCUAGACCUUGGUACCCCAGCACCAUCCUUAGACUCUGUAUGAAAGCCAAGGUAGCAUUCGAAGAUAACAAUCCAAAUUGGGUAAACCCUGGGAGGUUAGUUACGCUCCAGCAUAUAACCUAUGUGGCACCCGCUCAACAGCAAAGAAGGCCUCAGAUAAGGAAAAGAACAUUACAAGAAGAACCUCACCAAGAAGAACCUCACCAAGAAGAACCUCAUCAAGAAGAAUACCAGCAAGAAGAGUACUAUGAUCCAACUAACAUAAACUUGAAUCAUAUUCAAGGAGCCAUGGAGGGACAAGAACAACAACUGCACGUUCAAUCCCAAAGGAUGAAUCGUCAAGAAAAACUGCUCCCUAAUUGGAUGAAUCAACAAAGUGAGUGGCAGAAACAACAAACGGAGCAACAACAGGAGCAUUACUCCCAGCUCACCCAAGCCAUCAAUCAAGUAACUGAAAGGCAAGAGCGUCAAGACAAAUGCCUUCAAGAACUCAACCAAUGUCAGUUGUCUCAGAUGAAAGCAUUCAAUGAGUUCAACGUCCUUAAUGAAGGACGGCAACUACACUGGGAAGAGUUUAUCAUAAACACUCAGGCCAAGUUGACUUAUGUGGCUGGGCAUAUGCAUAAUUUGCACUCUUCCAUCCCAAGAUAUGAUACAGUUUGCAAAGACCUAACAGAACAAGAGGAGGGGAAGGUGAAACAACAGAAGGAAGCAUUGAAGAAGAAGAUGGAAGAUGCUAGUUUCUGGAAAAAGCUGAUAGGAAAACGCAAAGGAAAUGGGGAUUCGAGCAAUCAAGAAGGAUCCCAUGACAAAGGAAACAAAGGGACAUAA